GCAGACGCGUUGUUUGUCUUGGUUGACGUAGAACAUAAGUGCAGCUUAUGUAAACUCAACAGGUAGCUUUGAAUUUGCUUUCCUUAAUUCCAAGGGUCCACCAGUGGGUCUCCAGCACGAAGCGCUUGCGAGUGGAGCUGCCAAGCUGGAAUGACGAGCGGUGGUGGGCGACGAUCGGAAUCUACCAGCACCCCAUAUUUCAUCAUGCAAACUCAACGCUUAAUCGAUUACCAUGGAAGUCUUUCUCAAGGACGAUCUACGCUGGUCCACGAUUGGUAUAUCAAUAACAUCAGGAAACGGGUGCCCGAAAAACGAGCAUGAGGGUAUAUAACUGUACACGUAUUUUUGAUCUCGCAUUCCCCCUUCACACCCCAGAUGCCCUCUUCAUCCUUAAAGCCAUCUAUUGGAAUGCCGGCGUGGACCGAUGAACUCCUCCGAAAAUCGUUGUUGGCAGAGGACAUUAUCGAUGCUCAUUUUCAUCUGUUUUCCCGCAGAUCAAGGUCGAGAGUACUCCAUCCGCGUACGUUAAAUGCCAACACCGCUCUCCUCAAGAGCAGUGCAAAGUACUUCGACGAUCUAUUCAGCUCGAAUGUCAUUCCAUCUGACGCGGUGAUAAUCAAUGUGAAGACAACGGAUGUUGUCUUUGAUGGGCUUCAGCUGGAUGACUAUGGUUAUGGAAGUGACAGCGACCUCGAAGACGAGGACGACGGCACCAUUGUCAAAAGUGAUACUGACGUCUUACUAUCAUCAACCCACUCACGUGUGGCCACAGGUUCCGAUUAUGACGAUAGGGACUCACAUCCCUACUUAGCGGAUACAUCAAGUUCUGCUGGAGAUUAUACCUUUCCCGUCCAACAGAAUGGCUUAGACGCGACCAGUCCAAUGUUAUCGUGGGGUUCCCAGAAUGUCCAGCCUAACAGCAUGACAUCGUUGUCUGACCGGGGCUGCCAUGUCUUUGUCAAGGAUACCGCAUUUGAGACAUGGUACUCCCUCAUGUACUAUCUCUACACAGGUAAUAUUGCAUUUUCGCCUCUCAAGUCGUCGGGCCCACAAGGGCCUCAAAGAUUUUCUCGCACGGCAAAGCCAAGGCCGCAAUGCUCGGCAAAGUCGAUGUACAGCCUAGCGACCAAGCUCGGUAUCGAAAAACUCCGUGAUCAGGCCUUUGCUUCUAUUCGUAGCAGUGUGGAUGAAAAAAACUUAUUACAAGAACUGGCGUGCAGUUUUGCCGGAAAGUAUCCGCCCAUUCUGGAAAUGGAACUUGAUUUACUUGCGCGAAAGAUAGCAAGUGCAUCCAUCGUCGAAGGUUUCCCUGACCUCAUGAAACGGAUUGCUCAGAAAGAGCUGUCCCAUGGUGCCGAUAUUAUGAUUGGACUCCACUCACGGAUUCUUCACAAGCACUAUUUAUCUCAACAACCUGCUCGAGCCCCCUUGCCCCGGCGUGAAUCAGUCGAGUCUAUCACAGUCCUGCCCCCACCACUUAAGGAAAUUCCUGUUAAGACAUCGCCUCAGCAAAAUUUUUGGUUCUGACUGCCGUCUAUCUGGUUCAACUGCACUAAACUUUUAGGGAUACUGGAGUCAGACAUUGGGGUCUACGUAUAUACUUGGCACGCUGUCAAUCACAUCACAGCCGAAAAUGUCCGCAUUUGCCUUAGGCUUGCCUCGGACUUUGUCCUGCAUAAACGGAGCCGAUCAUGUUAGAGCUCCGGGAAUCUGCCUCGUUUUAAGAUGCAGUCACCUCCUGUUGUGUGUAUUAGUGUCAGGCAAGGAG